CCGCGUCACGAGCUCAUGCACGCGCCGGCGGGUGACUCCCUGCGCGCACCGCGUGCCCAAGGGCUGCUGAGCAUCACGCCGGGAUCUGGGGAGUUGGCUGGGAGGGUGGCAGGCAGAGGAUGCGAGCGACAGAAGAUGUCUGGGGAACUGUCCUUGCGCAUUGACACCAAGGAGCCACGAUGGGACCAGAGCAGCUUCACAGGGAGAGCAAAACACUUCUUCACGGUGACAGAUCCUCGCAACCUUCUGCUCUCUAGCAAAACUCUGGAAGAGGCCCGGAGGGUGAUUGAGGAUUACAGGAAAGGGAAGGUGUCGCCAGGAUUGACUGAGGACCAACUAUGGCGGGCGAAAUACAUCUACGACUCGGCUUUCCACCCAGACACUGGCGAGAAGAUGAUCCUGAUUGGGCGAAUGUCGGCCCAGGUGCCCAUGAACAUGACCAUCACUGGCUGUAUGCUCACUUUCUACAGAACAACCCCUGCUGUUCUGUUCUGGCAAUGGGUGAACCAGUCAUUCAACGCCAUUGUCAACUACACUAACCGAAGUGGAGAUGCUCCCAUAACCGUCAGCCAGCUGGGCACUGCCUACGUCAGUGCUACCACGGGAGCUGUGGUCACAGCACUGGGCCUCAAGUCCCUCACCAAGCAUCUUCCACCCAUCAUUGGACGCUAUGUGCCUUUUGCAGCUGUGGCAGCAGCUAACUGUAUCAACAUACCAUUAAUGAGGCAGAGGGAGCUAAAGCUUGGUAUCCCCAUUACAGACGAGAGUGGAAAUCGGUUGGGUGAGUCAAAGGCAGCCGCUCAGCAAGCCAUUGCACAAGUGGUGGUGUCUCGAAUUGGCAUGGCUGCACCUGCCAUGGCCAUCCCUCCUGUGAUUAUGAACGCACUAGAGAAGAGAGCAUUUUUGAAGCGGUACCCUUGGAUGAAUGCUCCUCUGCAGGUUGGGCUGGUGGGCCUGUGUUUGGUGUUUGCUACCCCGCUUUGCUGUGCACUCUUCCCCCAGAAAAGCUCAAUGCGGGUGAGCCGCCUGGAACCUGAAGUCCAAGCUCUGAUCAGGGAGAAAAACUCUGACAUUGAGGUUGUCUACUUUAAUAAAGGGCUUUGAGAGAAGCUUCCUCAUGCUACCCUGGUAUGGAGUAAAAACAAACAGGAAGAAGUAGAAGAACCAGGGAUCCGGUGCUCCUGAGGAGGAAUUUACACUUUGUAAUAGUAUAAUCCCUUUUAUAUGCUGCUUUCUUAUUGGCUGUCAAGUCAUGGCAGGCCCUAUGUGUAUGAUAUAACCUUCCUGAAUUCAGGUGAACCCUAGCGUAGAUUGUAAUGUGGCAAUGUGGCUGUUGCAGUGAUGUAUGUUCAUACUCUGAACAAAGCAGAAACAUUCCAGUGAUGACCCAUUUGGGUUUCAAGAGCAAAGAAGUCCUUAAGCCUAAAUCCUUACAUUACACAUAGUUCUACAGUGGUAUGUGUACAGGUGUGGAUGUAUGUGCACCAUAAUCUUAAUGAUGUAUUAUCCUAAGAAUGAUAACCUUGAGAAAUGUUUGGGAAGAGGAGAAAUCCAUGGGACACUUGAGAAUCAGUUGCUACAUGGAAGGCAACUUGCUGUCCUGAUUAGUUGGAAUUUCAUGUAUUCAGAGGUAAAGGAGAUCACUCUCCCACAUAAGAGCAUUAUGUGUUUUUGCAAUACCUACGUUCUCGAGAUGUUUUUUCUCUAGACAACCUUUGUUUUUGCAACCAAAACAUGUUUUUCCAAGAACCUCUGCAUUCUCUUGCUGUUCUGAUACUUUGCUGAUAAGAGAAAUGUACAAGAAUGAUAGUACGUGCAGCCUUGAAACUGCAAAACCCAUGAUGCAGGGUGAGCGCUAGUCAAAUAAGCACACUGCUUCCUACAUAGGGAAGCAAGCAACUGACCAUAUUGAGUUCACAGGAAAACGCUAAAAUUCAAACAGGUUGGUGGAUUUUCUAUCAGCAAUCUUCUAUUCGGACCUGAGCACAUGCUUCGAAGAUGAAGCAAAGAUCUGAUGUUUGCAUAAUUAUGUUAUGGGAGAUGGGAUCAUGGAAAUCAGCUGAUCCUAACAUGCCCUUUAUCUGCCCCUUGGAAACCACAGAAUUUCACAUAAAGUGGGAAGGGAUGUGUCUAUAUAUGUAGAGGCUUCACCCCUUAUGUUCUGCUUAGCUGUUUUAGCAUAACCACAGCAAUAUUUUGUACGGUUGCAUAGCUUGCUUGAAGGCCCAGGGCAAUUGAUAGGGAUGGCAUCCAAAUGGAGCAUCACUUCUGCCAGCUUCAUUGGAUCAGGUGAGGGUUGUGACAGCAGCAACCCCAUGCUCAUGGGGCCUGAUGGUUUCACCUCCCAGACCGAGAAAGAAAUCUGUUCUGCUUACCCUUUCCACACACUCACUCCCCCAAACCUUUCAUUAAUACCAUGGGUGGUAUCCAACUAAGUGGUUCCUCUGGUGCAAGCAUUUUAAGAACACAAUACAAGCCUACUGGAUCAAGCCAAUGGCCUAUUCUCAUAGUUGCAGACAAAUGCCAAUGGGGAGCCUGCAAGCAGGACAUGCGCCUAACAGCACUCUGCCCACCUGGGUUUCCCAUCACCUGGUAUUAAGAGGCAUAAUGUCUCUGACAGUGGAGCUGGAACAUAAUUAUUGUUGUGCAAAGGAACUUCUGCUCCCUCUCCUCUCCCUGUGUGUCCCCCGUCCCCUGAAUCUGUCUUAGGGGUUCCCAACCCUCAAGAGCGAAUGGGCGGGGCCUUGGGGGCACAUGGAGAGGGAAGAGCAAUAUGAAGAAUUCUGUUGCACAAGUAGAAAUCUCACAAUUUAGUUGGAGAAUGCCUAACCCCACCCCCCAAAUUUCUAAGCACAUACCUUGUUGCUCCAAGUGAAUACUUACUUGGGUGAAUUUGUCAGGUAGAAAAUGGUCACACCUGCCUGAGAGCAUAAAUGACUAUCUUUGGUGGAUGUGGCUGUGGCUGAAUAGUGGCACACAUAAGUAUCUCUUCUUUAUCUGGACCUGUACUUUACUAGAACAGUUGAGACAACCGCUCUGAGGUUUUGUUUCAUUUUUUACAAUCAAGCAGUACAUAAAUCUUACAAAAUAAAUAAAAUAAUAAAUGAUUUUCCAGCAUUUGGGAAGGUGUGUCUGCACAAAAGCUCUUGGGUAUAUGGUUUGAUGCUUUACUUGCUAAAGCAGUAUCCAAUACGCAAGAGUGUGCACUAACCACAAGGUUUGGUUUGGACCCUGAUUCAGCACUUUGGAAAUUACUCCAGUUUGGCUCAGACAGUUUGAAGGCUGCCUGGUUCAUCUUGGCACUGUAUCAGAAUACUGAUCUGGGAAAAGCUGAAGCUUUGUGCCUCCCCAUUGGCUGUCAUGAGGAAAUCAACAAAUUAUUAUAGCCUCUUUCCAUUUGACAGAAUUGUAUGCAAUUUGCAAGCAUAGCAAACCCUUUGGACUGGAAGAAGCCUGCCAUAAUUCCAGUCAAAAAGGUGCAGGUUUGUUUGCGCUAGACUUCUUCCACCCUCUUCCCACCUUGGCUUUCUUCUUAAAUGGAAAGCUUGAGGAGAGAUGUUGCCAUUUUUU